UAGGAUAAAAUAAUAUUUUUGCCAUAGAAUUUCUUCACUUUUUCUUUUACGAAUAAUCAGUUGGUUAAGCGCUGCUAUGUAAGUCAGCUAAUGGUGCUGUUGGCAAACAGCCGUUGCAGCCAGGAUACCAGGACCCUUUGUUAGAGAUCAAACAAGAAUUAAUUUCAACAUUAAAAAAGGUUACAAAAGUGCUGAAAAGAAGACAAUGCACCACAUCAAGAUAAAGACUGAACGGCUAGAUGCAGAGAACACCGCUGCACGCAGCAAGUUGGAUGCUGUGUUAAAGGGUCUUGUAGAGAAGAGCGAAAAUGAGAGAGAACCAAAUGAGGGUGAUCCAGGAAAAUUAUCAGUGGACUCCUUGCACAAGGAUUUGUCUCCAUCUUCUGCUGGAAAGAGACCUUCAGCAAGAUUUCCACAGCAUCGAAGGAAGAAACGGAAGGAGAUGGAUGAGGGCAUACCAGAAACCAAUCUGCAUAAACAAAAUGCUUAUGUUAUUAAGUUGUUUGAUCGCAGUGUUGAUUUGGCUCAGUUUAACACCAGCACCCCUUUAUAUCCGAUUUGCCGUGCCUGGAUGAGAAACAACCCUUCUGUUCGAGAGCCAACAGCUUCCCCAAACUCCCCACACAGCAUGUUGGAAGAAGAAGUAACAGACAUGAUAAACGGCAAAGGUCAGAAUGUGUACCGACUCCCCCCUCCUGCUCCCAGCCCAGUUAGCCCUUCAGGUGAACCCAUCAAUCUCAGGAUUCAACAAAUUGAAAAACCCAUCGUUACAAAGUCAAGUGAUGCUCCUGUGUCAGAAUCCCUAAUAAGUGACCACUUGGAACGCUGGAAAAUGAUAAGGCAGAAGCGGAAGGAGUGCUCCAAUAAGAACCAGUUGAGAUACAGUGAGAGCAUCAAGAUUCUGAAGGAGAUGAAGGACCUUUAUGAUCAAUAACCCGUCACCUCGUAGCUCUUCACAACAACAUGAACUUGCUUCAGAUAGAAAGGACUUCACUUAUUCUGUCAUACCCACGUUCUACACAGUUGGACUUGUAGUAAAAAAAUAAGAAAACGUUGGGUCCUAGAAGACCUUAAUUUGUUUGUAUUACAGUCAAAAGUUGGUUUUGUGGGUCACCACGGUGAUGUGAAACUUUUUAUUAAAUCAAAUUGUGUGAAUAAAAGUUUUUUAUGUAGUA